AUGAUUCAAGCUGGAGUUAUAGAGAAAGCUGUGAUACUUGUUGUUGAAAAUUCACUUGGUAACCCAAGAAUAACUAAAGGAACAUAUGCACAUCUUGAUGCCCUUGCAAGACGCUCUUCAUCAGGUUUUGUUUCUACAUUUAAGAAUUCUAAGGAUGUCAUUUACCAAAUGUCUGGAUUACUUGUUCGUCCAGUGAAUGAAGUACUAGAAGACUUAGGCAAAAUUAAAUUAACUGUAUUGAAAACACAUACUGAAUUCAACCAGUAUGGAAAAAUCGAAGAUAUUAAAGGAUUAGAUACAAACAAGAUAUACGAGCUUAUUUGCGCCAAAAUUCCAGAAAGUUCAAUUAUAAUUGCAGAAAUCUCAUCAAUUGAAGCUCUUAAUGAACUUGUAGGCCUUCUUUUACCCAAAGUUGAUGGUGAUAAUGUAGCAAUAUCAACACUUAUUGGCUAUAAAGAUGGUGCUAAAGUUCCAACUUUUCCAAUUCCACCUGUUGCAAGUCCUUCUUGGAAAGUUGUUGGUCCAAAGGUUGUUGAAGAUCUCUCUGUAGAGCAUCCUAUGCUAUAUAUUACAGCUUCAAAGUUCUUAACAAGAGUAGAUAAAGUUCAGAACUUCGAUGAAGAUGAUAUAGAAGAAAAUUAUUGCAUGGUGUGCGAACCAAUAUGUCAAUAUUUCCGUGAAUUUACUUAUUAUACAGGAUCAUCAUGGAAAUAUGGAGCCUAA